AUGGGUGUCAGCGGAGCCGGUAAGACUACACUUUUGGACAUCUUGGCUCAUCAAACCUCCAUCGGUAUUUUUUCGGGCAAGACAGGCUACGUCCAGCAGCAGGAUCUCCACUUGGAAACUGCUACUGUCCGCGAGACUUUGCGUUUCAGCGCUCUUCUCGGCCAGCCAGCCACAGUUUCUAUGAAGUCAAAGUACGACUACGUGGAAAAUGUCAAUUCGUAUGCUUCGCAUGGAGGACUUUGCCGAAGCAAUUGUUGGUGUUCCUGUAAGGGCUUUAAUGUUGAGCAGAGCAAGCUUUCAAUUAUUGGCGUUGAAUUGGCUGCUAAGCCCAAGCUUCUGCUGUUCUUGGAUGAGCCAACAAGUGGCCUGAAUUCCCAGGGUUCUUGGGCAAUCUGCUCCUUUCUCCAGUUCAAUCAAUCGCUUUUAUUGGCACGUGGUGGUAAGACUGUCUAUUUUGGUCCAAUCGGCGAGCAAUCACGGACUCUUUUGGAAUACUCUGAGUAUAAUGGUGCGCGAAAAUGUGACGACAACGAAAACCCAGCUGAAUACAUGAUUGAUGUUCAAAGCCAGAAGAGCGCAGCAGUUCAAAUUGAGAUCGACCGCAUUCACCAAGAGCGACAGGAAGCGUCUAUGGAUGAUGACUGCAGCGCCAGUCAAUCUGAAUUUGCUAUGCCAACCCGGUUCCAACUAUGUCAGGUCACCUACCGUGUAUUCCAGCAAUAUUGGCGCAUGCCCUCUUACAUCCUUUCAAAAUGGGGCCUUGGUGUCGCUGCCGGUCUCUUGAUUGGAUUCUCAUUCUACCAGGCCAAAGCAUCGCUUCAGGGGAUGCAGACUGUGGUUUAUUCAGUUUUCAUGGUUUGCACCAUUUUCACCCUUUUGUUCCAGCAGUUGAUGCCUCUCUUUGUGACCCAGCAAUCUCUCUUUGAAGUCCGUGAGAAACCUAGCAAGGCAUACUCCUGGAAAGUCUUCCGUAUUACCAAGAUCAUCGUGGAGAUUCCGUAUAUGGUCUUGACCGGAGUUUUGAUUUAUGCUUGCUAUUACUACGCCGUUGUCGGUAUUCCAAGCUCGCCCCCUUCGGCCCUACCCGACAUUUGGAUUUUCAUUUAUCCUAUGACAGCUACUCUAGUUCACAGCCGUGAAAUCGUGUGUUCUGCCGCCGAAACUCUCUCUCUUCGACCCUCCCUCCGGUAA